AGCGCAGAAAGAGCGCUGGCUCUGUUGGCGACUUGGGACCCUGGCAACAGCUGGGAGUGGAAUCGGUUGGGAGUCGUGGGGAGCCCUCUCCAGGAACCGCGAGGAGUUCUGUGCGCACACAGCACAGCCGCUGGUGCGCUGGGGAAGAGAGCGGCUCAGAGCAACAGGUGUGGCGGGAAGCCACCCCCGGAGCGAGGGAAUCGGUCGCAGGGAUCCGGAGCAGGUAAAGCGCGGAGAGGGCUCUCUCCACCUCCUAGGCUGCACCGCAGGUCCUCCCUCCCCUGCUCAGAGUCCGCGCGGCGGGCUGAGGCGUCCGGGGAGGGGUUCCCUGAGCUCUCGGGACCGCCGCUUAUGCCCGGGAAGGUCCAGCACUCAGACAGACCCGCCCAAAGACAGCGCCGCUAGGCACAGCCGCCCAGGCGCGUGGCCGCCAGGUUUGCUCAGGCUGGGAAACGGGCACUCUGAGCUCGGGGCUGGGUCCCAGGAGGGAGCCCCCUGGCACCCCUGUCCCUGGCAGGCAGCCCUCACCAGCGCGCCCGGGCGCCCCCGCAGGUCAUGGAGUUGGUGGCCGGGAACCUCAGCGAGGGGAACGUGAGCGGCCCCCAGCCCCCCGCCCCGGACCCGCCGCCGCUCUUCGGCGUUGGCGUGGAGAACUUCAUCACGCUGGUGGUGUUCGGCCUGAUCUUCGCGCUGGGCGUGCUGGGCAACAGCCUGGUGAUCACAGUGAUGGCGCGCAGCAAGCCCGGCAAGCCGCGCAGCACCACCAACCUGUUCAUUCUCAACCUGAGCAUCGCCGACCUGGCCUACCUGCUCUUCUGCAUCCCCUUCCAGGCCACGGUCUACGCGCUGCCCACCUGGGUGCUGGGCGCCUUCAUCUGCAAGUUCACCCACUACUUCUUCACUGUCUCCAUGCUGGUCAGCAUCUUCACUCUGGUCGCGAUGUCGGUGGACCGGUAUGUGGCCAUUGUGCACUCCCGGCGCUCCUCCUCCCUGAGGGUGUCCCGCAACGCGCUGCUGGGCAUGGGCUUGAUCUGGGCGCUGUCCAUUGCCAUGGCCUCGCCAGUGGCCUACUACCAGCGCCUCUUCCACCGGGAGUCUGACAAUGGCAACCUGACCUUCUGCUGGGAUCAAUGGCCCGACCAGCGCCAUAAGAAGGCUUACGUGGUGUGCACCUUCAUCUUUGGCUACCUGCUGCCACUGCUGCUCAUCUGCUUCUGCUAUGCCAAGGUCCUUAAUCAUUUGCAUAAAAACUUGAAGAACAUGUCGAAGAAGUCAGAGGCAUCGAAGAAAAAGACAGCACAGACAGUCCUGGUGGUGGUCGUGGUCUUCGGGAUCUCCUGGCUGCCGCACCACGUCAUCCACCUGUGGGUCGAGUUUGGGGUCUUCCCGCUGACGCCCGCCUCCUUCCUCUUCCGCAUCGUGGCGCACUGCCUGGCCUACAGCAACUCCUCCGUGAACCCCAUCAUCUAUGCCUUCCUCUCCGAGAACUUCAGGAAGGCCUACAAGCAGGUGUUCAAGUGUCGGGUGCGCAGCGAGUCCUCCCUCAGCGACACCAAAGAAAACAGAAGUCGAUUGGACACCCCACCAUCCACCAACUGCACGCAUGUGUGA